AUGGAUGCCCAGAACAAAACCCAAGGGACAGAAUUCAUCCUCCUGGGUUUGUCCAGCCUUCUUAGUCAUGAAAUCCACCUUUUCUUGGUGUUCGUUACUGAAUAUUUGGUCACUCUGAUGAGCAACCUCAUGAUCAUAAUUCUGAUUCUCCUGGAUUCCCGUCUUCACACACCCAUGUACUUCUUCCUCAGCCAGCUCUCCUUCUUGGAUAUAUGCCUGUCCUCUGUGGUGGUACCAAAGAUCCUGGUGGACUUCCUAUGCCAGCAGUACGCCAUCUCCUAUAACCAAUGCCUGGCACAAGCCUUCUUCCUGAUUGGCUUUGCGGGAUGUGAACCUGCCCUGCUGUCCGUCAUGGCAUAUGACCGCUAUGCUGCCGUCUGCCAACCUUUGCACUAUGCCCACCUGAUGAGGGACAAGUUGUGUGUCCAGAUGUCUGUGGCCGUUUGGCUCUGGGGCUUCCUGAACUCCGCUAUCUAUGCUGCCCUGGCCUCUAGAUUAGAUUUCUGUGGACACCUCCAGGUCCCUCACAUGUUUUGUGAUGUCCCCCCAUUGUUGAAAAUUGCUUGCAGUGACAUUUCAGUCAACACGUUGGUCAGUUAUAUCAACAGCAUCUUGGUGGGUCUCGUCCCUGUUCUGCUCAUCGUCCUGUCCUAUUUCUACAUUUUGUCCUCCAUUCUGCAGAUCCACUCCAAGAUCGGCAGGCGCAAAGCCUUCUCCACCUGCGCUUCACACCUUGCUGUAGUAACACUCUUUGUUGGAAACGGCUUUGUGAACUACAACCAGCCCAGUGCUGGCUACUCUCUAGAGGUGGACACCUUGAUCUCCACCAUGUUUUGCAUCAUCACCCCCAUGUUGAACCCCUUGAUCUACAGCCUCCGGAACAAGGAAGUGAAGGGGGCCCUGAGGAAGAUUCUCAACAUCUAG